CCACCACCCACCACCCACCACCCACCACAUACGAACAAACAACCGACCCCUCCACCACCACCUCCACCGCCUCCACCUCAAUUUCACAGCAUCAUGUUCAACCGCUCGAAAAGGCCGUCGAGCUUUCCCAAACUCGUCUUUUUCCUGCUGCGCCUGGUGCAGCUAAUAUGUGCCGUUUCGGUGAUCGGAAUCCUGGCCUAUUUCCUCUACCACCUGUGGCAGGAUGGGUACACGACGCCGUACGAGUUCUCACUGCUCGACUUCGCGUCCGCCGCAACGCUCCUAAACCUUCUCAUAACCAGCGUGCUUCUCUGCUGCUGCGGGCUAUCACCCCUCUACGUCCUAAUCUUCGACACGCUGCUAUUCAUCGUAUGGGCGGUCUCCUUCGGCCUGCUCGUGCGCUCCAUGGGCAGCACGACGACGCAAUCAUGCUCGACCGCGAACUGGGGCAACGCCGACGGCAUCCGCGUGUGCCACAUGUUCAAGACGCUCGUCGCCAUGAGCUUCAUCGCGACCCUGUCGUGCCUCGCCAUGGUCGUCGUCGCUGUCGUCGCCCGCAGGAAACAGGCAAUGCAUAAGUACGAGCCUGCGCAUAAUCCUACGAAUAUCCGCACUGCAGAUACUGCCUACAGCGGCGGCGGUGGAGGAAGCAUGCCCGCUCAUGGUCAGCUCUAUGGCGCUCACCCCGUCCCACCUGCGUAUACCCCGGCGCCGCAUCAUGAUGGAAAGCCCGAGCAGCAGUAUUCCGCGCAGCAUGGCGCUACGUACUACAAUUAAUGUGUGUGUGUGUGGAAGAACAAUGGAUGGUGGUCGGACGACGGUUGUUGCUGUGUGAUUUCUUUUGUCCCGGGGGAGCUGUGUGAGGCGGUGGUGGUUGCAUUUUGACUUUGCAUUGUAUUGUGCGUGGGGAGAGGCGUUAACCGUCGUUUUGCUUGCUUGUUGGACGGAUGGAUGGACGGAUGGGUGGGCGGACGGGGGAGAGAAAUAUGCUAUGCUAUGAUACCCUCGAUAUGUAGUAGGUACUGGACGGGGAGUGGGUUGGGGAUGAAAUUUUGAAUACAAUGAAAUCUCAUUGAUCAACUACUA